AUGGUUGUCUUCUCUUCUUUCCCAGCAAAAUCAAGUAGAAAGCUUACAUUUCUAUAUUUAGCGAACGAUGUAAUCCAGAACAGUAAAAGAAAGGGUCCUGAAUUCACAAGGGAGUUUGAAUCUGUUCUUGUGGAUGCUUUUUCUCAUGUUGCCAGAGAGGCAGAUGAGGGCUGCAAAAAGCCCUUGGAGCGAUUGCUUAACAUCUGGCAAGAAAGGAGUGUGUAUGGCAGUGAGUUCAUACAGCAGUUGAAACUUUCUAUGGAGGAUACCAGUAGCCCUCCACCAAAAGUUACCGAGGAGAAAAAGUCCUUGAAGCGGACGUUUCAGCAGAUACAAGAGGAAGAAGAUGAGGAUUAUCCUGGGAGCUACUCGCCCCAGGACCCCAGCACUGGGCCAUUAUUGACUGAGGACUUGAUCAAAGCCCUGCAGGACCUGGAAAAUGCAGCAUCAGGAGAUGCCACAGUACGACAGAAAAUUGCCUCAUUGCCACAGGAAGUUCAAGAUGUGUCACUGCUGGAGAAAAUUACAGACAAAGAGGCAGCAGAACGUCUUUCAAAAACUGUGGAUGAAGCAUGUUUGUUACUAGCAGAAUAUAAUGGGCGGCUGGCGGCAGAGUUGGAAGACCGACGCCAGCUGGCACGCAUGCUGAUUGAGUACACACAGAACCAGAAGGAUGUGCUGACAGAGAAAGAGAAAAAGUUAGAAGAGUAUAAACAGAAGCUUGCUCGGGUAACCCAAGUCCGCAAGGAGUUGAAAUCUCACAUCCAAAGCCUUCCAGAUCUGUCGCUGCUGCCCAACGUUACAGGAGGGUUGGCACCUUUGCCAUCUGCUGGUGAUUUAUUUUCGACUGACUAGAACUAAUGGUGCCCGCAUUUACUAAUUCCCCUUAGUACCAGCAGAAGUAAGAAAGCUCUCACGCUGACUGGAAAUCCUACCAUAGGAAUGAACAUACAGACCCUACUUUCAGCCUACCAGCCGCACAUGCGCGCUCUCUGUGUACAGUGUCUCACGUUGAGGGGAAGGUAGAGAGUGUGUAUGUCCAUGUUCUGAAGGGCGUGGGUAUAGAGUCCAUAUAUAUUUUGAAAAGAAACUUUUCUCACAUUUUCUGUACUCAGACUAGUUUCCGUUUGCUCUUAGCACUUGUUAUUCCCGCAGAACGUAUAGGAAUCAUGUACAUAUAUCUUGAAAGUUUUCCAAGAAAUGUUGUUUUCCUCUAUAAAAGUUUCUGAUUA